CCUCGGUGAGGGGGAAAGGCUUAGCGCGGAGGGUUUUUUUCUCCCCGUUUCUCUUCAUUUCUUUAAACUAAGUUAAUAUCUUUUUUUUUCCCACCGUCGCCGUAUUCAUCAGCUCCGCGACGCUUCGUCGCUUUUGAUUUAAAAUCACCCCGCCCGCCCGCGUCUAACAGCAGCCCUCCCCGCAGCGUCGCGAACGCGCUGAGGCGACCACGAGGCUUUUUUUUAUUAUUAUUCUUCUUCUUCACAGCCACGAUUUGCAAGCGAAGAGAAGAGAAGAGUUCGGGCACAACACGAAAUAAAUUUUAAGAAAAAGAAAGCUCAAAGAACUAAAAAAAAUGGCCGAUCAGCUGACUGAAGAGCAGAUUGCAGAGUUCAAGGAGGCGUUCUCGCUUUUCGACAAGGACGGCGAUGGCACCAUCACCACCAAGGAGCUGGGCACGGUGAUGCGCUCGCUGGGCCAAAAUCCCACCGAGGCAGAGCUGCAGGACAUGAUCAACGAGGUGGACGCCGACGGCAAUGGUACGAUCGACUUCCCAGAGUUCCUCACCAUGAUGGCUAGGAAGAUGAAGGAUACGGACAGCGAGGAGGAGAUUCGUGAGGCCUUUCGGGUCUUUGACAAGGAUGGGAAUGGCUACAUCAGUGCAGCUGAGCUCCGCCAUGUGAUGACAAACCUCGGGGAGAAGCUGACCGAUGAGGAGGUGGACGAAAUGAUCCGCGAGGCCGACAUCGACGGGGACGGCCAAGUCAACUACGAAGAAUUUGUACAAAUGAUGACCGCAAAGUGAAGUCUCUGCGUUGCAAGCCCCUUCCUACUCUCAUCCCUAAGUGCAAGUUUGGAUGACUGCCUUUCUUUUCUUUACUACUUUUCUGCGCCACACAAAAUGGUCACAUUAAAAAGUUUGAGCUCAUGGAUGUUCGUAUAAAAACGAUACCAUACGGCUCCCUCUUGCCCCCCCCCAUCUUUUCUUUUUGGCAGCUGGCCACUGCUUUAGAGCAAGGGGUUGGUGCCCCUGGUCUCCCGUUCCCCUACACACUCCCCUACGCCGCCGUACGGCCAUUGCCACCCGUACGAACUAACUGGCGCGUUGCCACGCAACGUGGAUGCGCUUUGCGAGGUUGGCUGUGCUCUGCCACCAGGUCGUUGGCCACAUGCCGAGGCGGGUGCAACACACGCAGGGUUGUUGCUGGUAUCUUUGUCUAGGGUAGUGUUCCCAUCUCGGUGGUCUGAGGCGUUGUGAGAAUGUUACUUCAUGUAGCCUCUCCAGAGAGGUGACUUAUGUGAGUGUAAUCGUAUCAUCUUUGCACUAUUGUGUAAGAGGUUAUAAAGAGGAUUACCCUUUACUAUUCUUCACCCACAGUUAUACCUACUACGCUUCAUUACGGUGGGUGGAAAGUUUCAUACAGUGAGGGAAAAAAGUAUUUGAUCCCCUGCUGAUUUUGUACGUUUGCCCACUGACAAAUAAAUGAUCAGUCUAUAA